AUGGCGCCGCUCCGCGUGCUCGAGCUGUACAGCGGCAUCGGGGGGAUGCACCAAGCUUUGAAAGGUAGCUGUGUGUCUGCAGAAGUUGUUGCUGCCGUUGAUGUGAACACUCUUGCCAAUGAGGUCUAUAAACACAACUUUCCCAGCACGCCACUAUGGGCAAAAACAAUUGAGGGCAUAACACUGAAAGAAUUUGACAGAUUAUCUUUUGAUAUGAUAUUGAUGAGUCCUCCCUGUCAGCCAUUUACAAGAAUUGGUCUGCAGGGGGAUGUAUCUGAUCCACGGACAAAGAGUUUUCUCUAUAUCCUUGAUAUUCUCCCAAGGCUCCAGAAGCUUCCAAAAUACAUACUCUUGGAAAAUGUUAAAGGAUUUGAAUCCUCUUCUGCAAGAAAUGAACUUUUGCAAACACUAGAAACAUGUGGAUUUAAAUAUCAAGAAUUUCUCUUGUCUCCAACCUGUCUUGGCAUUCCUAAUUCUAGGCUGCGAUAUUUCCUAAUUGCAAAGCUUCACCCAACACCAUUUUCCUUCCAGUCUCCUGGGGAGGUAUUGACAAGGUUUCCAGAUCAAAAUCUAAAAGACUUACUCAAGAGCAAAGUUGCUGACAGCCUGGACGAAACUAGUUCUUCCUUGCUUUGUAAAGAGAGGAAUUUGGAUCCAAGCACCGGUCCUGAUUGCAGCAGCAAGAAGAACUUAGCAAAAGGGGCCUUUCUUUUUAAGCUUGAAACAGCAGAAGAAAUAGAAAGGAAGCAUAGUCAGGACAAUGAUUCCUCUAUUCAAGUGCUAAAAGAUUUUCUGGAAGAGGAUAAUGAAGAAAUGAGUCAGUAUUUUUUAGCACCAAAGGCCUUAUUGCGCUAUGCUUUUUUGUUAGACAUAGUUAAGCCCACCUGUCGGAGAUCCACAUGCUUCACAAAAGGGUAUGGACACUAUGUGGAAGGCACAGGCUCAGUUCUUCAGACAGCAGCAGAUGUGCAGCUUGAAUCAGUGUUUAAAUGCAUUGAGAUGAUACCAGAAGAAGAGAAGCUUAUGAAGCUGUCAACAUUAAAACUGAGGUACUUUACCCCAAGAGAAAUAGCAAAUCUCCAUGGAUUCCCUCCAGAAUUUGGCUUUCCUGACAAAGUAACAGUAAAGCAACGCUACCGUCUCCUGGGAAACAGCCUAAACGUACACGUGGUGGCAAAACUCAUCUCCUUGCUCCUUGGAGAACCUGGAAACGGAACCUGA